AUACAGUGGUUUAACUCUGUUUUUCAAAAACUGGGGAUGAGAGUAGCCCCUGUUUUGUGCAGGUUGAACAAAUUCUUCGUAGGUCUGAAAAACAUGUUUUGUUUCAGCUGAAACAGCUUGAAAAUCAGUGUCUAAAGAGCUGAUUGGAACAUUUGUGGUUUGUCAAAAGUCUUUGUAGGAUACCCGAGUUACUGGUGGAGCCAGGGUGCUCCACAGGCAUUUAAAGACCUCUGCAGUUCAUGAACGGUGCUGCUGUUAGUGGUUAGAAUUUGCUUGCAUGCAGAGAGAGUGGAUAAAAUAAUGAAACAAAUUAAAGUUUUUAAUAGAUAAUUAUGUACACUGUGGCUUAAAUUGUGUAAGGCAUGGAGUCUGCUAUGCAGGGAAAGCUUCUGGGAAGCUGAACUUCAGCAUCUGCUGUUUGAUUGUUGGCAUGUGAAACUCAAUUUGUCACCAUAAUGUGUUGCCCUUUGUAGCUCACAAGUUUCAGGCUCCCCAGGGAUGUAGCCCUACAGAGUUCAAGGAGCAGCUGAAUGAUGCUCUAGGUCACAUAGUUUAAUUUAGGUGGUCCUUUAGGUAGUGAGGAGCAGGGAGUUGUACUCUGUGAUCCUUAUGGGUGCCUUCCAACCUGAGGUAUUCCAUAAUCCUGUGUGACAAAGUUGACUUAAUUAUGCAGCUCUGCAGGGUUUGGGUUCCUUGGGACUGCACAGAGAAACUCAGAAGCUGUUGGCAGUGGCAGCAGGGCCUGGGGAAGAUGACCACUCUCACACGGCAGGACCUUAACUUUGGGCAAGUUGUUGCAGAUGUUCUUUCAGAAUUCCUGGAAGUGGCUGUUCACCUCAUCUUGUACGUCAGAGAAGUUUACCCUAUUGGGAUCUUCCAGAAGAGGAAGAAAUACAAUGUACCUGUCCAGAUGUCCUGCCACCCAGAGCUGAACCAGUACAUCCAGGACACACUGCACUGCGUAAAGCCAUUGCUGGAGAAGAACGACGUGGAGAAAGUUGUGGUUGUAAUCCUGGAUAAAGAGCACCACCCCGUGGAGAGAUUUGUCUUUGAGAUCACCCAGCCACCUCUUCUUUCCAUUAGUUCCGAGUCCCUGCUGUCCCACGUGGAGCAGUUACUGCGUGCCUUCAUCCUGAAAAUCAGCGUUUGUGAUGCCGUGCUGGACAACAACCCCCCAGGUUGCACCUUCACAGUUCUGGUUCACACACGGGAGGCUGCCACACGCAACAUGGAAAAGAUCCAGGUGAUAAAGGACUUCCCUUGGAUCCUCGCUGAUGAGCAAGAUGUGCAUAUGCACGACCCCCGGCUUAUUCCCCUGAAAACCAUGACAUCUGACAUCUUAAAGAUGCAGCUGUACGUAGAAGAGCGAGCUCACAAAGGCACCUGAUUUCAAAUCUUCCUUGCCUUCAAGCUUCAUCUGAUCUUCCAGUGGAGUAAGAUCUGUCACAAACUGUAUCUUGAUGACCAUCUCUUCAGCUGGCCUUCUGGGUGAAUGUAGAGCAGCUGCUGCCUCUUUGUUUUAAGUGCUCUUACCACUGUAUAAAGAACUGACUUGGGAUGGGGAGCCAGAGCCUGUUCCCAUGUUGACUUGUGUGAGAGUACAGGAGUUGAUACAGUGCAUCCCUGGGGAGUCAGUGCUUUAUUACCAGCCCAGUUCUCACCUGAAAAGGGCAGCUCCAUUGCACACAGGCAGUGACAGACAGCAAGGAGCUGUCACACAAUCCAUGAGAGCAACAUUUGUGCUAAGGGGGAGUGAGGCCUUAUGUAGUGUCUGUCCACUGUGACUAUCCCAAGUAGUCUUCAAUAAAUAUUAAGUUUUACCCCAGCUGAACUGGGCUGAGUUCUGUCAAAA